UGCCAUACGAGAAAUCCGACAAUAACAUAUCUUCUUAGAUAGAUUUGAUGUGGUGGGAAUAAUUGCAUACCCUCUUCUCAUUUUCAUUUAAGAUUGAUUUGCUUUGCAGUAAGUGAGAAGCAAUUCCUUUAGUCUGACCCUUUCCUUAAAACUUAAAUCCAAAAUUAUUAUUAUAUUGAAAGAAAAAGGAUUUAAAAAGAGAAGCGUGUAAAAAAAAAAUUGAAAUAUCAUUGAAUGUUGAAAUUUUAAGAAAAUGAUUUACACAAUAUUGUUCUUUAUAUUUCUCUUGGCCAUUCUACAUUAUUUUCUAUUGCAUCAUGGAAAAUUUGGAAAAAUGAUAAAUUUGAUACCAGGACCUGAGCCAUUACCAAUUCUUGGAAAUAUUCCUACUUUUCAUAAUAUUUCUCCAAGUACGCUUUGGAAAUUUUUGACACAAUUAAACAAACAAUAUUAUCCAAUUUAUAGAAUGUGGACUUUCUUGGAAGCAUAUGUUCAUAUUUGUCAUCCGGAUGAUAUUGAGACAAUUCUUGGAAAUAUUAAAUUCACUAAAAAAGGUUUUGGCUACAAACACUUAGAGCCUUGGUUCAAUACAGGACUUCUUACUAGUUCAGGUCAUAAGUGGCACGUUCGCAGAAAGAUAUUGACAUCUGCUUUUCAUUUUAAUGUGCUUCGACAGUUUGUUGACAUUUUUAUAGAGGAUGCUGAACGCUUAAUUAAAACAUUGGAGAGUGAAGAAGGAAUUUUCGUGGAAAAUUUAUUGCAACUCACUAGCGAACACACAUUGAAUGUGAUAUGUGAAACUGCAAUGGGAACCUCAUUAAAAAAUAAAGAAAAGUUUCAGUGUGAAUAUCGUAAAGCUGUAUAUGAUAUGGGUUGUAUUUUUAUCAAUAGAAUUAUAAAACCUUGGUUUUAUUAUGAUUUCUUCUUUAAUCUUUCUCCUCAAGGAUGGCAACAAUCUAGAUUACUUAAAAUAUUACAUAAUUUUACGCGAAAGAUAAUCCAAGAACGAAAAGAAUAUCACGAUCAAACAAACGGUCGAUAUUUAAAUGAUUUUCACGAGAAUAUAAAUGAAAAUGAUAAUAAUAAUGACUUUAGAAUUCGUAGAAAAAGACUCGCUAUGCUUGAUUUAUUAAUAGAAGCCUAUCGAAAUAAUAAAAUAGAUGAUGAAGGAAUUAGAGAAGAAGUCGAUACAUUUAUGUUUAGAGGACAUGAUACUACAGCUAUAUCUUUUUGCUUUUCUAUAAUGCUUUUAGCUGAACAUAAAGAGAUUCAGGAUCGAGCAAGAGCUGAAAUAAAAACCGCAAUAGAAGAAAAUGGAGGAAAAUUAAAUAUAUCUGUUCUUCAAAAUCUUCCUUAUCUCGAGAGAUGUAUUAAGGAAUCUCUUCGUCUUUAUCCAAGCGUACCUCGAAUUUCGCGUAGAGUGGAAACGAGUGUAAAAUUAAGUAAUUAUGAAAUACCUGCGAAUACUGUAAUUAACAUAAACAUAUUCGAAACUCAUAGAGAUCCAAAAUUUUGGCCGAAUCCAAAUAAGUUUGAUCCGGACAGAUUUUUGCCUGAAAAUUCUAAAAAACGACAUCCAUAUGCUUAUGUACCUUUUAGUGCUGGACCACGAAAUUGCAUUGGACAACGGUUUGCUAUGCUGGAAUUAAAAACAUAUCUAGGUCUUCUUUUAUACAAUUACUAUUUCGAACCUAUCGACUAUCUUAAGGAUGUAACUUUUGUUUCGGGCAUUGUAUUACGAUUAGAAAAUCCAGUUCGAAUGAAAUUCAUUCCUCUUAAGAACAUAUGCUGAUCAUGUAUUUAAUUAUUAUAGCAAAAAAUAAAUAUAAUAUUUAAUACA